UAAUCAAACAAAAUUAAAGUAGCUAGAUAAGUUAUAUAACAUACACUACUUUAAAUUCACAACAACUCAAGAAAAUUGUGAGGAUGGAUGCCACUUUGGUGGGAAUAAUUCUUUUUAGCGCAUUACAGACAUGCAACGCACUUUCGCCUGUUGUGAUAGUUCCUGGCACCGGAGGAAACCAAUUAGAAGCUAAACUUGUCAACAAACCCGCGAAGCCUGCGUUUUAUUGUUACUCGUCAACUAGCUCCUAUUUUCGGUUAUGGCUUGACAUCAAAUCUUUGUUGCCGUAUGCUCUGACAUGUUGGGUGGAUAACAUAAGGUUAGAAUGGGACAUGCAAAGUAUGACAGUAAAGAAUCCUCAAGGUGUAUUGACUCGUGUCCCUGGAUUUGGUGACACCUCGUCCAUCGAGGCAUUAGACAGUAUGGGUUUAGUGAAGUAUAUGAAACCACUGGUAGAUUACCUUGUUCGACUUGGUUACAGAAAAGGAAAAAAUAUACGAGGAGCUCCUUAUGAUUUCCGAUACUCCCCUGACUACCUCCCUUCAAACUACCACAACAAGCUGAAGAAUCUGAUCGAAGAAACCUACACUCACAAUGGCAAUGAAAAAGUGACAUUGAUCUCACACAGCUAUGGGUGUCCUGUCACUCUUUACUUCUUGUCUCUCCAAUCCACUGAAUGGAAAACAAAGUAUUUGAAACAAUGGAUUGCGUUGUCUGGGGUAUUUGGUGGCUCUAAACAGCUAGUACUCCUAUACUCCAGUGGCUAUCUGGAGGGCAUACCACAAGUUAUUAUCGAUAGAUUGACAAUUAGAGCAGAACAAAGAUCAAGCACCAGUAACCUCUUCUUACUACCAUCAGAAACGGUUUGGAAACAAGACAACAUAUUCGCCACAACACGAAAACGCUCUUACAAACUCUCCGACAUGGAUGAUUUUCUCAAAGAUAUUGGUUUCCCUGAAGGAGUCGCGAUGAAAAAACAUAUGAUUAAUACAACUCAUCUCAUGAACACCUCACCAGGGGUUCCAAUACAUUGUUUUCAUGGUAACAUAGCAGAUUCGACAAUAAGCAAAUUAGUCUUCGAUGAUGAUUUUCCAGAUUCACCAUCGCAGUUAAUUUUGGGUCCUGGGGAUGGCACGGUCAAUCAAGAAUCUCUCACGUUGUGCAGGAAGUUUACUUCGUUACAGCAACAGCCCGUGACAGUCAAGGAAGUGAGUGGAGCUAACCACAAUGGAGUGAUAGGACAUACUGAUGUUCUUGAGUCUAUAAAGAAAUUGCUUUAAUAUUUUACGACUUCUGAUUUUUAUGAAAUAAGACAAAAA